GGGAAAAGGAGGGGAAAAAAAUUGACAGGAUGAACAACAGUUUCCUAAACAUGGCGUCGAUAGUCGACUUCGACCCGCUCAACCCUUCUAUUCCUGCCACCAAAGUUGAAAUCACGGUGUCCUGCAGAAACCUGCUGGACAGGGACACCUUCUCCAAAUCAGACCCAAUUUGUGUACUCUACACGCAAGCCAUGGGCAACAAGGAGUGGAGAGAGUUUGGCAGAACAGAGGUGAUUGACAACACGCUAAACCCAGACUUUGUUCGGAAAUUCAUUUUGGACUACUUCUUUGAAGAGCGACAGAACCUCCGAUUUGACCUGUAUGAUGUUGACUCAAAGAGCGCCAACCUGUCGAAACAUGAUUUUCUUGGCCAAGCCUACUGUACUCUCGGAGAGAUAGUUGGGUCGUUGGGCAGUCGCUUGGAAAAACCUCUUGGAGGUAUUCCGGGAAAGAAAUGUGGGACCGUUAUUGUGAAAGCUGAGGAGCUGAACAACUGCAGGGAAUCAGUGAUGAUGCAGUUCUGUGGAAACAAGUUGGACAAAAAGGAUUUCUUUGGCAAAUCCGACCCCUUCCUGGUCUUCUACAGGAGCAACGAGGAUGGCACGUUUACUAUCUGCCAUAAGACAGAGGUGGUGAAGAAUACACUGAACCCCGUGUGGCAGGCUUUUAAAAUCCCUGUUCGUGCUCUUUGCAAUGGUGAUUAUGACAGAACAAUCAAGAUCGAGGUGUACGACUGGGACAGAGAUGGCAGUCAUGACUUUAUUGGAGAAUUCAGCACCAGCUACAGAGAACUAUCCAGAGGACAGAGCCAGUUCAACGUCUAUGAGGUGGUAAAUCCAAAGAAGAAAGGAAAGAAGAAAAAAUACCUCAACUCUGGAACGGUAACCCUCCUGUCAUUCUUGGUGGACACUGAAGUCACCUUCCUGGACUACAUCAAAGGAGGGACCCAGAUUAACUUCACAGUGGCCAUUGAUUUCACAGCUUCCAAUGGUAACCCAGCCCAGCCCACCUCACUCCACUACAUGAGCCCCUACCAGUUGAAUGCCUACGCCAUGGCCCUGAAGGCAGUUGGAGAGAUAAUUCAGGACUACGACAGUGAUAAGAUGUUCCCUGCGCUGGGCUUUGGAGCCAAACUGCCACCCGACGGACGGGUGUCCCAUGAGUUUGCUCUGAACGGGAAUCCUCAGAACCCAUAUUGUGCAGGGAUUGAUGGUGUAAUGGAAGCCUACUACCAGAGUCUUAAGUCAGUUCAGCUUUACGGCCCCACUAACUUCUCUCCUGUUAUCAACCAUGUGGCCAGAUAUGCAUCAUCUGUGAAGGAUGGCUCUCAGUACUUUGUGCUCCUCAUCAUCACAGAUGGGGUCAUCUCAGACAUGGCCCAGACCAAGGAGUCUAUUGUCAAUGCCUCCUGCCUGCCGAUGUCAAUUAUCAUUGUGGGAGUAGGGCCAGCAGAAUUUGAUGCCAUGGUUGAAUUAGAUGGCGAUGAAGUCAGAAUCUCAUCUAGAGGAAGAUAUGCUGAGAGGGACAUUGUUCAGUUUGUACCAUUCAGGGACUACAUUGACCGAACGGGGAACCACGUCCUGAGCAUGGCCCGGCUCGCCAAAGAUGUCUUGGCCGAGAUCCCAGACCAGUUCCUCUCCUACAUGCGGACCCGCGGGAUAAAGCCUUCACCAGCACCACCUCCAUACACACCACCAGGGCAACCCCUCCAAACCCAGAUCUGAGGAGCAAGGCUGGAAAAGGUUUUGGAGUCAGGGGUUCGCUGAACUUUACACGCGAAAUACUUCCAUUUCCUUAAAGCCGCUCUCCAUGCCUUGUGGUGGUGGAUCACAGUGGUCUUUCUUGUGUUCAGAGAGCUGCAUGCCGGACCAAGAGAGUGACGCUUUUGAGGGCAGGAAAAGAAAAUGAGCGUCUGUUUACUUCCACUGUCAAGCAUUCCUGUUAUUGUCUGGAUUUUUUUUUUGUUUCUUUGUUUGUUUCUUUGUUUUUUAUGUAUCUGUUUGAUGCCUGGAAAACCUAGAAAGGCUUUGGAGAAAGUUCACGUCUCGAUUCAAAUUGAGAAGAAAAGACAAAAAGAAGGAAAGUUGUAUCAAAAGGUUGCUCUAAAUUUAAAGAGAAUGUCUCCAGACAAAUAAAGGAAUUACUUGAUCUUAAAUGAACAGUAAUUUUACUUGUAAAUAGCUGGACAUAUGUAACUUCUUCUCUCUCUCUCUUUCUCUCUCUCUCUCUCUCUCUCUCUCUCUCCAAAUUGCUCAUUGUUUACAGUAAAUGCUAAAAAGGAUUUUUACUGUUGAUACUUUUAUAUAGUUUCAGUAUGAAGCUUGUAAUACCCUCUCUUUCUUUCUUUCUCUCUCCUGGCAUCAACGCCAGGUAGCAGCAGUGCAGGUCCUGGUAGCCCUUCUGUACCGUACUGUACCGUGCUAUACUGUACUGUACUGUAUUCUAGUGUUUGUAUUAAACUUUUGCAUGAGUGUAGCCUCAGUCAAAUGCAUGCAUAUAGUGGCCCUGCACUACCUCUUCUACCCAUCUGUCUGUCUGUGGGGGAUGAAUGUCUGUCUGCCAGCAUCUCCAUUUCUCACAUCACCACGUCUGUCUUCUUCAAUCUGUCCAUCUCUCUCAAUCCUUUGUUCUUUGCCAUGUUUUUCACCUUCAGCUGUAUUUUUAUACAGCAUUUUUUGGCUUGUUGAAUUGAAAAUGCAUCAUUUUAUGCUCAUCUGAAACAAGGUUUUUUUUUUGUUUGUUUUGUUUUUUGGUUGAUGUAAUAUUAGCUUCAUACAGGAAAUAUUUUUUUGAAAUCCAAUAUCUCUGUUCAUCCUAAAUUUAUAGAAAUAUAUUACCCUUUGUUCAACUUAAGAAUUGCUCACAGAAAGGCGCCAAUUGGUUAGCCUGCACACCUCUUUGAUACAGACUGAAAAACCCUCGUUUGUCACAUUGGUGUACAGUUAAAGUCAUGAAAAAAGAAACGUUACAAUGAAAAACAAAUUAUAUUUAACAACAGUUAGUGACUGGUAAUAUGCUUACACGCUAAGAUGGUAUGCAUGGAAAGCAGCUUACUUGCUAGCCAAUAGUAUGCUAUCAUUAUCAUUGUGAGCAUGCAUUGUGAGCAUCUUAACGUUAGCAUUUCAAGCACAUGGAGCUGUUUGCAUGUGGACUCUUUUUAAAUUUUAGGUUUUGAUACUUUUUUAACCUUUUUUUUUUUUUUUUAUUUUCAGUUUGAAAUCCCUAUCCAAGCUCAAUGAAGAGCCUUUUGGCUGUUUAUGUAGCACUAUUUGAGAGGUGAAUGGAAACAUGGAUGCUCUGUGUCUCUCUGUGUCUGUCUUUCUCCUCCAAACUGCCUUGGCAAUAGGAUGCACACGUGCCCAGGGGUUUCGUCUCAUCGUGUUGUCCUGCCCCGUGUUUAAAACAAUAGCAGCUGCUCUCAAACAAAAUCCUGUUUGAGCAAAAAGAGCCCAGUGGUCAAAAAUGCAGAGAAAAACACAUUUUCCCUUUAUUUUUCUUUUGUGUGUAGUGUUUGUACUUGAGUGUAUUUUUAUUGCACCUUUAGCUUUGAUACAGCUUUGUUUUUAUGGUGUAUUUAUAUGUGCUAAUCAUAUGAACCAGGAUGAUGUGUGUGAGUUGGUGUAUUCACUGUUGCAACGAAUUUCCGAUUUAGAAGUCUAUUUUUGUCAUGAGUGCGUGAGUGAAGAGAGUUGAAUUGAGAUUUGUAUGUUAAAUGAAGUAACCUGUUAAAACAACAUUUGAUGAAACAUUUAAAGUAAGUGGGGAGGCAACAUUUCAAUAUUUAUUUGCUAGUGAGAGCAGUGCAGCACCAAAAACAGUAAAAGGAUGAUUUGAUAUUGCAGUGACAAAACUUAGUGCAUUUAAAAAAAAAGUUUCAUGUGAAUGAACCUUAUACUCAUGUUUUUUAAGCAUCCGUCUCCUUGUAAAAAAGGGAUAUCCCUACAAAGAACACUAAAAAAAAUUGUAACUUACAUUUUUUUUACAUACUUUGGAAUAUUUUAUAAUGCACUGCAGUCUCACAGUAGUUUGUGAAAUGGUCACAACCUCUAUCAAUUUGUGUUUCUCGACACAAAUCUUAUUGUUUCAUGUGCCUGAACAAGAAUUUCCCAAUAUUAUGUUUAUGUUCAGAGUUAUAUGUACUGAUUUGUGUCCAGCUACACAAAAUUCAUAUCUCCCAAUUCUAAAAGGCAAAAAGAUUUGGAAGCUGAAGAUCACAGUUUAGGUUAAAAUACAAUGGCUGCUCCUUCUUUUAAAGCUUAGUCUAGACAACAUAGGUGCUGCAGAAAUGAAAUACACUAACCAUUGAAAUACAUUACUACACAAUUUUUAAUGCCUGCCACACAGAAAAAAAACAACAGUUUGUGGCCAUUUUGCAUUUCUUGUUGCAUUCUCACAUUUGUCUUCCCUGUGUAUUGUCACUGUAGCAGAAAGACCAUGUGGCUGAAUUAAUCAAAUGAAUGUGUGUGUGUGUGUGUGUGUGUGUGUGUGUGUGUGUGUGUGUGUGUGUGUGUGUGUGUGUGUGUGUGUGUGUGUGUGUGUGUGUGUG